GCGAGGAAUACUGAAAAGGAAUGGUAUGCGUGAGAACGAAGACAACUAAAGUGUAACUAAACCAUGAAGAGGAAGAAACCGUCAGGCACUGAGGGAGAAGGGCAGCAAGGAGGAAAAUCCUUUAAAUCUAGCAUCAACAUCGAAAAGUCCCAAGAGACGGCAACAAUUCGGAAAGCGGUGCACGACGCGAUCGUCAAAGGAGACCUUGGUGAGGUGGAAAGAUGCCUGGAAAAGAACAAGGAUAUAAGACAGUGGCUGGACCCAGAGACUGAAAAAUCAGCGUUAUGUAAAGCGGCAGAGGAGUGUCAACCUCAAAUACGUGCCUAUCUCGUGCAUCGCAACUGCACAAUUAACACAGAGAAAAAACGAGAAGAAAGAGAGUCGUUCGAGCAGGUCAAGCGAGAAAAACCCCUCCAGGAUCUCGAAUACCAUUACCAACUCGGUUGCAUGGUGCCCAAAUGCGGGUUUAUUUCGCACCUAGUAAGUAGAUCAUCAAGCAAAACAGGUUGCAAUGGGUUUGAAAAUAAAAUUACAAAAUACUACGAGGCAUUGCAAAAAAUUGCGACGGUGGACACUAUACUUCAGGUUGCAGCUACAACAUCGUGGUUAAACGUCAUAUUCGAUUUUCAAAGUGAAGACUUAGGCUGCAUCAUGAGUCACAUACGCGGGACCGCCCGGGGCGUGACUCUUUCAAGAGAAGAAAGUAUCUACCUCGGGGCAAAGAGGGAGGAGCGUGAUCUUCUAGGAACUAUGGCGCAUGAAUUUUGUCAUUUUGCUCUGAACCUGGUGUACGGAAACAAUGGGAAGCCCUACAAGCGAGAUGGCGAAGAGCGACGUGUCCGCUACCAGCACAUCCUCGGUAAGAUCAAGUCAAGGAAACACGGUCUGCACGAUAUGAUACAGAGGGCGUUUCAGAACAGCAGUGUUGAAGAACAGGAAUUGAUUGUACGGAUUCCGCAUAUGCUUGCAAUGCAGUCCGAAAGAUGUGGCACCAGUACAACGGAAGGUGUGGUAGGGGCCACGUUAGGAGAGAACCUUCUGCAAAAUCAAGUUCUUGAACUGUUUGAAUACUACAAGGACUUCGUUAUUCCCGACAUGGAAGCGUUCAUCACGAAGAAUUGUUCGGGAAAAGAUAAAGAACAAAUAAGGGAACAAAACGUACGUUUGCGUAAAGCCGAGAGAGCAAGAAAGCUCGGAAUCGAGUUUAAGACCAAGUACGAGUUACGAGACCAGCCACUUGUUGUUCUCACAGCUCCAAACUUAUCUUUCCUCGAAGCAAAGAUUAACGACGCCGUUAGUCUGACGGGAGAAUCGUACGUAUUCCUCGAAACGAAGCAGUGGGACAGUGAACUGAAAGGUGUUUUGUGGAAAUACAAGUGUCACUAUGUUGUCCUUUCAUCGGUCAAGGAAUAUGACACGAAAAAGAGACAGCGAAUGGAGAUGCAGGACGUGUUGAAAUGA